AUGGCGGGUGCCACAGCCCCCGACCUAGCCGUCAACGCGCUCAACACCGUCUACUUCGUCAUCGCCCUCAACAUCGUCCGCUCCGUCACAGGUCACAGCAUCCGAACCGCCGUCCUCGCCGCCAUCGCCCUCGUCGUGACGGGUCUCGUCACCUUCUCCAUGGAUCUGCUUCAGGCAAGCUACAUGGACUACGCUUGCUGCGCCACCGCCGUCUUCAUCGCCUUCAGCUAUCUCUUCGAUGGCCAGCACAUUCCUCAGCUGAGGUCCGUCCGGUUCAAAGGUUUCAUCCGCCUGGGAUCUUGCGUCGUCUGGGCUUACCGGCUGGCUACGGUGCUCCGCAAGUUGGCACGUCUCGGGGUGGUGAUCUUCGUCGUCGUCUACAACAUCCUGAUCUGGGUUGCUGCCGUCGUCGCUCUCAGGAUAUUAGUCCUCAUCGACCCUGCGUCUCCCACACCUCGCCACGCCCGCAUAGUUCGCAUCGUCCUCUGCACUAGCGAGGAAUUCGCCCGCUCACUGACCUCGGGAUCCUCGACUGGCCGUGUUAGGUGCGCGGUGCAAGCUGGAGCUCCCUUCACUUGCCCCCUUCAGGCUGUCGAUGUCCAGCGUCGUCGUCCCCUCUGGCGCCGGGCACUGUGGACUGCCUCCUGUGUACUGAGCAUCCUGCGCAUCCUUUUUCCGGCGACCCUCCUUGGCAACCUCGUUCGCAGAGGCUGCAGAUCCCUCGGCCGUGUCUCUCGGUAUGCGAUCAUCUGUGCUCUUGGCGCUGCGUUCGGUCUUGUUAGAUCUGUGGCAACCAAGGCUCACGUCAUGGGCAAGCUCGGCUUCACUGUGCUCGUCAACAUCAAACGCGCUCGCCCGAAUGUCCCUUUACGAAGUGCUCAUGCCUACAAUGUCUCCCUACGUUGCGCCAAGGCCAUUUGGAAAGCAUUGAUUGUAAAGUUCGCCAUGUCGCUUGCAUUCGAGAGGAGCGUGGUCACUUCGGUACUGCUCCGUGCUGAGGGUGAGAAGCCUUUCCAUGCGUACACACCUGCUGGACCUCGCGUCAUCACGAAGACGGUAAAGCGCUCGCUUCCGGUCGUCGUUCCUUCAGUCAUCCCGGUCUACGACCUGAGCUCUCGUUGGGUCAAGACGCUGCUCAUGGCGUUCCAGGUUGUCGGUGUUCCUCGCACUUUGUCCCCUACGGACCACUUCAUGAUGAUCGCGUCCCAGUUCAACAUCACUGGCGCUCUAGCCAAGGAGGUCGCUCCCUCUAGUCCUGUCCCUCGUCCCAUGGUCAUGGCGAAGAGACCUGUGCUCAUGGUUAAGCGAGGCAGCUCCCUGAUCAUUGCAACGAGAGUCAAACGUGUGCUUCCAGUCAUCGUCCCUCCGAUGGUCCCAGUGUUUGAGUUCAACGCACGCUGGGUCAAGAUAGUGCACGCAACAUUCGGGAUAGUGCACGCAACUUCGGUGUCCUUGGCAUCCCUCGCACUCUACUUCCGACCGGCUACUACGGGGUGA